AAUAAAAGAAGAAGAAGGCUGUGCCUUUUAUUUUGUGGAGAUUAAAAGUUGAAGAAUAUUAAUUUAUCGAAUGUAGAGAAACAUAAUCACUUGUAUUAGACAAUAAUAAUCAACAAUAGAAUAAACAAAAUGUCUAGUGACGAUGAAUGGCAAACUUAUGUUAAAGAUUCCAGAACAAUUUGUAAAUAUGGUGCAAAGUGCUAUCAAAAGAACGUUGAGCAUCACAAAACUUAUAAACACCCUCCAAAAAAUAUGAAAGCAAUAAAAAACACACGCGACAAACGUAAAUUCAGUCCCUUUACAAGGAAAAAUAAAGAAAAAACUGUCAAUAAUCAAACUCCAAAUACAAGUACAGUUCAAAUACAGGAUACUGACGAGAAUAUAUCAGGUCCUAUAGAAACAUUAUCACAUAAUUCAAAUGAUGUGAAUAUUAAAAUGAAAAUCCCGGACAAUAUUAAAUAUUACAGCAUAAACCCAAACCAUGAGUUAUUUAAAGAAUUGUUUUUAGUACACAUGCCUAAUGACUUUUACAAAUUUUAUGAAUGCUUUGAUGGAUACGAAAUUGUUAGAUUAUUAUCUACUGUUAAUUUGGAGCUCAUUGGACCCUAUGACUUGUUGUUGGGAAAACUACCUAUAGUGGAUGAUAAAGAACUGUAUCUAGUUCACUGGAGAUUUUACUUUGAUCCUCCAGAGUUUCAGGCUGUUAUAAAAAAGAAAGGAAAUAGCCAAUUUCAUAUUGGUUAUUACAGAGACAAUCCUGAUGAUAAACCACAGUUUUUAGCUAGCAAUGAUAGUGAGAAAGAUUGUAGAAUAACACCAAUAGCUAGCAAUAUCUUUGCUGCAGUUUAUUUUUAUUUAGAAAAUGAAAAGAAAACCUCUCCAUUUGUGGCCAUGGCUUGUCAAAAAGUGAUGGACAAAUUAAAAAAAACUGCACUUGAAAAUAAUAUUUGUAUUGAAAAGUAUAGUGUUCAAGACAGGCAAGCACAUUGUAUAACGAAAACACUACAUGGAGCUGGGAUUGUUGUACCUUAUAAUAAGAAGACACAAUUGGGAUAUAGACAUUUGACUGAAAGUGAUGCCAAUUUGAAAAAAAUAUUUAUCAAACUUGAGAAUGCAGCAAAUCAAAUUGAAAAAAAUAAAGUUUUGUCAGAGUUACAGCCAGUUAUAACUUAUGCCAACAUAGCUGUGGAUGAAUGUGACUUUGGAACUGGUUUGGAAGCUGGUAUAGAUUUGUUUUGCUCUGGAUUAAAAGAAUUGGAACCAAGUGCUUUGAGCUGUUUAAUAUCUGCAUACAAUCUUUUGAACAGAGGAGAUUUUAGCAACAUAAUUAUGGUAUGUUUCUAUUAAUGAUCCAAAACUCAAUCCAUCUAUUUUUCAUUCAUGUUAGUAUCUUACGAUAUAAAUAAACAGUA